UUAUUAAUUGUUUUAUUGGAGAAAAAAUAUUUUGUGAUAAUAUAAAUUAAUAUAUGUCGUUCAACAUGUUUCAUACUAUAAAUAUUUAUAUGUUUAUUAAAUAACCCGUAAAAACUGUAAUCGUAAAACUUACUUAUAUUUCUAUGUACCUCAUAAUCAAAUAAUACUAAUAUAAACUAAAUUUAGUAUUGCAUUUUUAUCACAUUCAAUAUAUUAAAUAUAUUUUAAUAACUAAUUAAAAUAUGUAUAUUAAAAUAUAAAGUUUCCAUUAUUUUAAAUAUCUUAUUUUAUUAUUUUAUUUUAAUAAAUUGGAAUAUGUCAACAUUAAUGAAUAUAUUUCAUUCUGUAUAUGUACUUAUUUUAUUUUUAUAUUUUUAAAAUAGUCAAAAAGUAUAUGAAUUUCUUUUAUAUUUAUUGAUUGUUGUAGUAACUUAAUUAUGAAUAUAAGUUAUGUAUAUAUAAAUAUUAUAGAAAUGUUAUUUCUUAUUCUAUAAAUCAAAAAAGAAUUAAUAUUAAUUUAUAGUAAAAUAGCUAAUAUUAAUUACGAAUUUUUUAUUAUUUAAAAAUAAUGUUAGAAAAUAUAUAUUUAUAUUUUAAAUAAAAAAAUUAUUAAAAUUUAAUCUUUGAAAAGAUAUUUAAGAAAAUAUUUUUGAGAUUUCAUUUUUGAAAAUAUUUAAAUAAUAUGUUAAGUUAAUAUGUAUGCUUAAUAAUAAAUAAGUUAGUUGUAGACAAAAUAAUACGAAUGUAAAUAAAUUUAAUGGUCCAACUUAGAUUAUUUGUAAAUAGAUUUUUAUUACUUCUGUUUUAAUAGUAUGGAAAAAUACAUGAACCUCCUUUUCAAAUAACUAUGAAAAGAUCUUAUAACAAGUAUAGUCAAACUUCUAUUUUUGUUAAUUCAUUGUAUCAAGACCGUAAAACAAAUAGUAUAAAUAUUAUUAAAAAUUCUUAAACAUCGCUUCUGUUUUAAUAGUAUAGAAAUGUAUCUUAACCUCCUUUUCAUAUAAUUAUGAAAAAAUCUUAUAAAAGUACAGUCAAACUUCUAUUUUUGUUAAUUCACUGUAUCAAGACCGUAAAACAAAUAGUAUAAAUAUUACUAGAAACUCUUAAGCAUCAUCAAGCGAAUUUUUAGUUCCGCAAUGAAGCUUCUUUUGCUACUGCUUGCCUUCUGCUGCCUUUCUCUAUCAAGGUGUGAAGAAAAGAACGUACCAUAUGAUUACUCGGCAACGAUAGAGUGUCUAGGGAACCCUAAUAAGCCACAGUACAAUGGAGGGAUCAUCGUUAACCCUGACUUACAAAAUGGUUCUCAGGGAUGGUCACAAAUGGGAAACACCAAAGUCGAUUUCACAGAAUUUGGAGGCAAUAAGUUUGUUAUUGCACGAGGGAGGAAUCAAUCUUAUGAUAGCGUCUCACAAAAGGUUUAUUUGGAAAAGGGACUUCUCUACACUUUCUCUGCAUGGUUACAAGUAAGUAAAGGGAAUUCUCCUGUGAGAGCCGUUUUCAAGAAGAAUGGUAAAUAUAAGCAUGCCGGUUCAGUUAUUGCUGAAUCCAAAUGCUGGUCCAUGCUCAAAGGUGGUCUUACUGUUGACGAAUCUGGUCCUGCCGAUCUCUACUUUGAGAGCGAGGACACAACCGCUGAGAUUUGGGUUGACAGCGUCUCGUUGCAACCAUUUACACAAGAAGAGUGGAGCUCUCACCACAAGCAGAGCAUUGACAUAACGAGGAAAGGAGCCGUGAGGAUCAGAGCCGUAAACAGCGCCGGUGAGCCAGUACCAAACGCAACCAUCUCAAUCUUACAGAACAGACUCGGGUUCCCAUUCGGGUGCUCGGCAGGAAGUAACAUACUUGGGAACCAAGCCUUCCAAGACUGGUUCACUAAGAGAUUCACCGUGACAGUUUUCGAGAACGAGAUGAAAUGGUACAGCACGGAAGUUGUAAGAGGCAAAGAGGAUUACUCAACCGCAGACGCGAUGGUAAGAUUAUUCAAGCAGCAUGGGAUCGCUAUACGUGGCCACCAUAUUAUAUUGGACGACCCUAAAUAUCAACCUAGUUGGGUGACGGCAUUGAACGGACCCGAUCUCUACAACGCCGUGAAGAGAAGGGUUGACUCGGUGGUGUCAAGGUACAAAGGCCAGCUCGCUAGUUGGGACGUUGUGAAUGAGAAUCUUCAUUUCUCGUUCUUUGAGAACAAGAUGGGCCCUAAAGUCUCCUAUAACGUCUUUGAGCAGGCGCAUGCUGUUGACCCAACGACUACAAUGUUUAUGAAUGAAUUCAAUACGUUAGAGCAACCAGGGGAUGCGGUGUCUAGUCCAGCAAGGUAUUUGCAGAAGCUUAGAGAGCUUCAAUCUAUUCGUGUCCCCGGAAACAUUCCUUUAGGGAUCGGUCUUGAGUCUCAUUUUUUCAACACUCCUAACAUUCCGUAUAUGAGAUCAGCUCUUGACACUCUUGGUGCCACUGGUUUGCCUAUUUGGCUCACUGAGGUCGACGUCGCAGCUCCUCCAAAUGUUCAGGCCAAUUAUUUCGAGCAGGUCCUUAGGGAAGGCCACGCACAUCCGAAAGUGACGGGAAUGGUGACGUGGUCAGGUUAUAAUCCAAGAGGUUGUUUCCGAAUGUGCCUCACCGAUGGCAACUUCAGGAACCUACCAACCGGAGACGUUGUGGACAAACUUCUGCGAGAGUGGGGAGGGCUUCGUGGGAAAACCACAGGUUUAACUGAUGCUGAUGGAUAUUUUGAAGCUUCACUCUUUCAUGGUGACUAUGAUCUCAGUAUUGCUCACCCUCUCACCAAUUGCACAGCUUCUCACAGCUUUAAGUUGACUUCUGAUGAUUAUCACCCAUCUCCUACUGUCGUUCGUGUUUGAGACGCUAAGUUUAAGUUUACAACUACUUUGUAACUGAGUAGCUUGAUUUUAAAUUGUAGCCUUCUGUGAAGAAACUCCCGAGGGUUAUUAUUAUUCACAAACACCAUUAAGUUGGUUUACUAAAGUUUAAGCCUUGGUAGCAUCUAUCAGUCAAUAAUACUAAUAACCAACUUCGAUGUAUAACCGAUUUAAGACUUUUAUUUCUUAUAUUUCUGAUCCAACAUUGGUUGUUAAACUCGUAGGAAGUUAAACAAAUCAAACUACUACAUAUGGGCACUCGUAGUAAAUAAAAUAUUUUUGAAGAAUGCAUGGACCAAGUGUAGUUAAAUGGUCAACUAUUUUUGAAGAAUGCAUGGAUUUGGGUCAGAUUAGAAAAUUGAAUGAAACAUGUAUUGUCCUUUCUAUGUGAAAUGAUAUAAAAUCUCUUUCUUUUUUCUUGGUAAAAAUAUAAAAUCUCUUUAUAUGCACGUUUAUGUAGGAACUAGGAAGACAGUCUUCUGUCUCCCAGGCACUGCGAGUGCCGUUUCUUACCCAUGGUAAUAUAGACAUUUACCAUGAGUCCAUAGAUCUAUAAAUUUGUUUUAUUGUUUUAAAGGUCCAUUUCAAUCGGUUAAAUUAUCAAAAAAGACUAUAAUUAAGUAAAUAUAAUUUACUUAUUAAAAGACAAGACAAUAAGAAAUAUGUAUUUUCAUCACUAGUUUUGAGAUAUUUUUUUUCUAUUUGUUUCAGACCAAAUUAAAAGAAAUGCAAUGAAAAAAAAUAUAGAAAAUAGUUAUAAAAUGGUCCAUAUUUCAUGUUUCGUCCAAGACUAUUAUAUUGGUUAAGACGGCACUGCCUAUUUCCACUACCACUAUUGAGUUACUCAGAAAAAUAAGAUAAGGAAUCGUAUCUUGCAUUUUGUUCCACACAGUCAACUUUUGUUCCACACAGUCAACUGUUAUUUAUCAUAAACAAAAGGAUUUAUUGUUUAUCUUUAGGUUCACUGUAUCUUCCUAUAUGCCUUACAAAGGUUUAUAUGCCUAAUCAUUGUCUAACAAGAAAGCCUCUCUGCAUUUUAUUCAAAAAUAAUAAUAAUAAUAAUGAGUUUACUAAUUUGAUUGCUUAACAGGCAAAAUACACUGAAUAAAUUUUUUUUUUGAUAAACUUUCUUGGCUAUCCGGUUAACCUCUAAUCCGAAAACGCACUAUUCUACAUGAUCUGAAUUUGAAUAUUUUUUGACUUAUACCAAAAGAUUGAUAGAUUUACGGUCCAUCAUAUUAACCAAUUUAGACCGAAAUUCAAUUCUAGACUUACCAAAUAGCGAUAACUUAGUUUUGAGCGGAUAUCAAAUUUAAAACCGAUGGAUUUAUGCCGAGUCCUAAAAAAUUACUAUACCACUUCUUGGUUAAUAUUAUAGAAAAGAGUGGACUUAUCUGGGAAGCCCACUUGCAUCCUGCGGUGGAAGGCAUCACAUUCACCGAUAAAGAUUUCAACGACAUAGAGACAGGCGAUGUGAUUGACAAGUUGCUCAAGGCGUGGACCAAAAAAUUACAAAGAAGAGAUGUAUCAUUGUUGCAUAGACAUUACGACGUGAAUGUAAUUAAUAAGUCAUCCACUAUUUAUAAAGAGCUUGUUUACGGUCCACAUGUUUGAGCUUGGAGGUAACUAGCUAGGGAGAUGGGUCAGCUCCAGGUGGUUAGAGUUGUAAUUAAUGCUUAAAAUUACAAAUAAUUAAUCUGUAAGAUAUCAUAUAAUGAGAUAAAACUUGAAAAUUCAUCUUUUGUUUUGAAUUUGCAAAAGUGUAGUACUGGGUCGAAGUGCGUGUUCUUGCACGUGCCCACCUGUGUGUAUUUGUUGAACCUUGCGUAUUUCCUUUUUACAUGCACACGUGCCUACUUGCUGCUCGCGUGACUGAUUUUGCUAGCUAUCGAAUUCCUUCGUUAUAAUUCAUACUAGAGAUUGACCCGCACGCCCGUGCGGGUGUUAAUUUUUACUUUCUUAUAAAUCGAUAUUUUAUUUUUAUGAUUAGUAUUAUAUAUUUUAUAUGUGUCAUAAUAUAAUUAAUUGCAUAAGUACUUUUAGAUUUCUAUACAUCAUAAUCGAACCUGAAUCAAAUAGAGUAAUAUGAUUACUUUUGGUUAUUUGGUUAUUUUUAGUUUAGUUUGAAUUCAACAUACCCGAAUUGAAUCGGUUAAUAUUCUUACUUUUCAUACAAAUAUCCGUACCGGCGUCAAAUACAUUAGUUUUUGGAUAUUUGUAGGUUUGUAUAUAUCAAGACUGAAUUCAUCUCGACCCGAUUCGAAACACACAUGAAAAUUUAUAAUACCGAAAUGAAGUCUAGUUUCAAAACUCAAAAAGCAUGAUAACCCACAGAAAUAACUCGUAGCUGAAUAGUUAUCCGAAUGUCCAUGUCUAACCGAUACAUAAGUAAAUAAAAAAAAUUGUUAACCAUUUUGAAUUCUUAUCACAAAUAGAGUGGUUUCAUUCAAAUAUGUCGAAUUAUUAUAGUUAAUAUGUAAAUAAUCCUGGCAAAAUAUUAUAGUAAAUAUAAUUAAUGAGAUAGUUAAAAAGUGAGAAAAUGAAUGUAAAAGAUAAAAUAAAAAAAAU